AUGACUUCUGACGUUUCUGAGCGUGAAAGCAAGACUUUCCUCGCACGCCUCUGUGAGCAGGCCGAGCGUUAUGAUGAGAUGGUCACAUACAUGAAGGAAGUUGCCAAUCUGAAUGGUGAACUUUCCGUCGAUGAGCGCAAUCUCCUCUCCGUCGCCUACAAGAACGUCGUCGGUACCCGUCGUGCUUCCUGGCGCAUCAUUUCCUCCAUCGAGCAAAAGGAAGAAUCCAAGGGAUCCUCCGAACAUGUGUCCAUCAUCCGCGACUACCGCCAAAAGAUUGAGACUGAGCUCGAGAGAGUGUGCCAAGAUGUCUUGGACGUUCUCGACGAGUCCCUCAUCCCAAAGGCUGAGUCUGGCGAGUCGAAAGUUUUCUAUCACAAGAUGAAGGGUGACUACCACCGUUAUCUCGCUGAGUUCGCAUCCGGCAACAAGCGCAAGGUCGCAGCCACUGCCGCUCACGAAGCUUACAAGAACGCCACCGAUGUCGCACAGACUGAGCUCACUCCUACCCACCCCAUCCGUCUUGGCCUCGCCCUCAACUUCUCAGUUUUCUACUACGAAAUCUUGAACUCGCCCGACCGUGCUUGCCACUUGGCCAAGCAGGCAUUCGAUGACGCCAUUGCUGAACUCGACUCUCUCUCCGAGGAGUCCUACCGCGACAGCACCCUCAUUAUGCAGUUGUUGCGUGACAACCUCACUCUCUGGACCUCAUCCGACGGCGGUGAGCCCGAAGCUGCUGAGCCCAAGGAAGAAAAGUCCGUUGAGGAGGCUGCUGCCCCUGCCGAGGAAAAGGCUGAGGAUGAGGCUCCUGCUGCCGCUCCCGCUCCCGCAGAGUAA